UUUAGGAUGGUGGAUAAACAUCUCCGUUCUGAACCAUGUCUCGUUCAGAUACUUAAAGGGAUAAUUCAGAUUUUUCAGAAGAUUUUAAACCUGCCUGCUGUUGUCAAGUCUAUUAGUGUAUUAACUUGGACGAACAGAUCAGGUUUGGAGCUUGUGGUGAGCAUUUGUAUUCAGCCCCCUUUAGUCUGAUACCUUUGAUUAAAUUUCAGUGCAACACAUUGCCUUCAGGAGCCACUUAAUUCUCAAUUAGACUCCAGCUAUGUGUAAUUUAAUCUGUGAAUAAAUCCAGCUGUUUAAUGAAGGCCUUAGAGAACAUUAGUGAACAAACCGCAUCAUGAAGACCAACACACACAGCACACACAUGUCAGGGUGAAAGUGGUGGAGCCGUUUAAAGCAGAGUUGGAUUCUUACUCGUAUUCCUCCACUGAACCAAAUCCUGAACUUUCCUACUGCUGUAGCAAAUGAUUUCCUUACUUAUUUGCACUUUUACGUGGGUCUUUUUUAAGAGCAGUAAUGGUAUGGAAUGGUGUUAUUUAGCCAGUCCUACACGAUGCUGACUGAGUGUCGGCAUGUAUUUAUAGGAGACUGUUAAUGAACGGCAGCAGACGGUUAUUUAAUCGGGAUGGCUGACUCAGAGAGCACGUCCUUAUUUACGAAUCUGGGCUGGGCCCCUCAGGGAUUGUUUUCAUAGGGUUAAAUGCAGCUAACUCUCCGAGCUCAGAGCUUCAGGUGACGUCAGGAUUGUAUUUAAUCCUCAUCCGCAUAAAAUUAGACUUUUGUUAUUAAUCUGGUGGUCAGGCUGCUUCCCUUAUUUGUUUUUUUGUUUGAUGUAUUGGUCCAUAAUGUAAAAGAUUUAGAGCACUCUUAUUAUGAUCGGUUCCUGUUUACGUUCCAGUGUUGUCUUCCACUUUCAUGCCAUGAUGUGUCUUGCACAACCUGUUUUCCUGCAAAUUGCUUCCUUGUCAUACGCUUGCCUGAGUGUGCAAAGAAAUCCGUCAAGCUUGGAUCUUGUUACCUCGAAACCAACUUUUAAACUUCUUGAAACCCUUUCUUCCUUGUCCUGAAGAGCUCCAUGGAGUCUCCAAACCUGGAGUUUGAAUAUGGAGACUCGGACAUGCUCACAGCUGAGCUCUCAGAGCUGUACAGUUACACAGAAGAGCCAGAGUUCGCCCUGAACAGAGACUACUUCGAGGAGGACUUCAGGAGCCAUGCACGAGGCAGAAGGUGGACGGAGCUGACGGUGGACGAGCAGAGGGCGUACGUCAUGAGACUGCUGGACGCGCUGGAGGUGACGGACAGGGACAAGAGGCUGAAGGUGGCCAGGGCCAUCCUCUACCUGGCUCAGGGUGUGUUUGAUGAGUGUGACACAGAGGUGGAUGUGCUCCACUGGUCCAGACACAACAUCUUCGUGCUUUACGACAUGGGCAUCUUCACAGCGCUGCUGGAGCUGCUCAGCAUGGAGAUAGAUAACAGCCAGGCGUGCAGCAGUGCAGUGAGGAAGCCUGCCAUCUCUCUGGCAGAGAGCACCGAGCUCAGAGUGCUCCUGAGCAUCAUGUACCUGAUGGUGGAGACCAUUCGUGUCCAAACAGAGGAUGACCGACCCGAGUGGAGGGCAGCCAGAGAGACCUUCAAGAACGAGCUUGGUUCGCCUCUGUACAACGGAGAGCCCUUCGCUCUGCUCCUCUUCACCAUGGUGACCAAGUUCUGCAGCAUGAACGCGCCUCACUUCCCUAUGAAGAAAGUGCUGCUGCUGCUGUGGAAAACUGUGCUGUUCACGUUGGGGGGCUUCGAAGAGCUCCAGCAGAUGAAGGUGGGGGCCCGGGAGCGCCUCAGCUUGCCCCCGCUGCCGGAGGACAGCAUCAAGGUGGUGAGAGCCAUGAGGGCGGCGUCUCCCCCGGCCUCGGCCAUGGAGCUCAUCGAGCAGCAGCAGCAGCAGAAGAGAGGCCGCCGCAGCCGCAGGAGUGCCUUUGUUGAUAGCUUGGAAGGAGACAGUCCCUUUCCCAAGAAGCAGCCCCUGGUCAAGCAGGACAGCCUGGACACCUACAACGAGCGGGACCCCUUUAAGAACGAUGACGCCCGUGACGAAGAGGAUGACCCGGAGGACACCGACAGCGGCAUCGAGGGGGAAGUGGACCCCCUGGAUCGGGACGUCAUCAUCCAGCUUCCGCCUCCUCCGCCUCCACUUAGACCCCCAACAGAGAGGGUCAACUUCCCCAAAGGCCUGCCGUGGGCCCCCAAAGUUAGGGAGAAGGACAUCGAGCACUUCCUGGAGACCAGCAGGAACAAGUUCAUUGGUUUUACAUUGGGAAAUGACACGGAGACCCUGGUGGGGUUACCCAGGCCCAUCCAUGAGAGUGUCAAGACCCUCAAACAGCACAAGUAUGUGUCGGUAUCUGAGAUCCAGAUGAGGAGAGAAGAGGAGCUUCUGCAGUGUCCACUCAGUCUGGGUGAGGAGGAGGUGGAGGAAACCCCUGCUGAGAUUCUAUACGUGGGAAUGCUUCCUAAUCUCUCGCAGUACGUGAUCGCCCUCCUGAAGCUCCUGCUGGCAGCAGCGCCGACAUCCAAAGCCAAAACCGACUCAAUCAAUAUCCUGGCUGAUGUGCUGCCCGAGGAGAUGCCCAUCACCGUCCUUCAGAGCAUGAAGCUGGGGAUUGACGUGAACCGUCACAAAGAAAUCAUUGUCAAGGCCAUCUCCGCCCUGCUGCUGCUGCUGCUUAAGCACUUAAAGCUGAACCACAUCUACCAGUUCGAAAUAGUCUCCCAGCAUUUGGUGUUCGCCAACUGCAUCCCGCUCAUCCUCAAGUUCUUCAACCAGAACAUCAUGUCCUACAUCAGUGCCAAGAACAGCAUAUGCGUGCUGGACUUUCCCCACUGUGUGGUCCAUGAGAUGCCUGAGCUCACGGCCGAGAGCUUGGAAGCAGGUGACAACAACCAGUUCUGCUGGAGGAACCUUUUCUCCUGUAUCAACCUGCUGAGGAUCCUCAACAAGCUGACCAAGUGGAAACACUCCAGAACCAUGAUGUUGGUUGUUUUUAAGUCGGCCCCCAUCCUGAAGAGAGCUCUGAAGGUCAAGCAGGCCAUGAUGCAGCUCUACGUUCUCAAGCUGCUCAAGAUUCAGACCAAGUAUCUGGGCCGCCAGUGGAGGAAGAGCAACAUGAAGACCAUGUCGGCCAUCUACCAGAAAGUCCGCCACAGGCUCAAUGACGACUGGGCCUACGGAAACGAUAUCGAUGCUCGACCUUGGGACUUCCAGGCGGAGGAGUGCGCCCUGCGGGAGAGCAUCGAGAAGUUCAACAGCCGGCGCUACGACAAGAACAAAAACGGCGACUUCGCACCCGUGGACAACUGCCUGCAGAGCGUGCUGGGCCAGCGCGUGGAGCUGCCGGAGGACUUCCACUACAGCUACGAGAUGUGGCUGGAGCGAGAGGUGUUCUCUCAGCCCAUCCAGUGGGAGGGGCUGCUGCAGAACCCGUAACGGCCGAGGCUGGGAGGAGGCGGAGGCGGCAGGGAAACGUGGCACUGCAGAGGUCAAUUAAAAGUGUGGAUUUUAUUUCAGAAGUUAGCUAGGUUUCGCUGAAAGACGACAACAAUGGUGUUUGGUCAAAUCUCAGGAGGAAGGAGAAACGCAGGUAAGAUCAGGUCGAUUUGAUGCCGCACAUAUACAUUUUCUACAAUAACAUGUGCCUAAGACUACUGUGAACACGUAAGCACAUAAGAAUGAAAGUAGCAGCUCAAAAACCUUUCAGAUUGUUGUAGCACGACACUGUUUCGACCAGUUCUACUGCCCCCAGCCCCCGCCAGUCCCUCUUCUUUAGUAAGUCGGUGCUCUUCUGAUUCCGUCAUUGUUUUAUUUAUUUUUAACACUUUAUGGGAAACAUUUUAUGAUGUUUUUAAAAAUACACGUUAAAAUCCAAUUUACUUUUAUAUUUCGAAACAAAUUAGUUGGAGGUAUUAGGUUUUAGAUUGUAAGCAGAAACUCAAACAUUGUUUUAUCCAUUUUCUUUAAAAAAAGAAAGUUGCAAGAAUAAUAUAAACAAAAAAAAUACGGUUCUGGGAGCUACAGGAAAAUAGGGAAGCAAAACCAGCUGUAGGUGUAUUAGUUUAUUUAUGGAUGUUGUUUAUGAAAGGAAAGCAAAGCAAACACAGUUAAAGGAAUGUCAAACAAUAAUUCUUCUUUUUUUAAAAAAAAAAAAAAAAAAGCUAUAUGCUGAAUGCUUAAUAUUAAACUACAGAACUGACGGGGAGAAUUACUUUCAUUUUGAGUUUGGAGUUAAACUUGCAGACACAGCUGUCGUCCAUCUGCUAUACAUAUCGAAACCUGUCAGCACUUAGAGUUCUGGAUGGUUCCACAGGAAAGUUCAGGGAGAUGAAAUUCAGACCUGUCCUGCAUAAAAAAUAAAUUUAACAGGUCACACUUGUAAGAUGGGCACAAAAUUAUGUGGUAAUAAAGCUAGCUACUUACUGAUAUUAUGUACAGUAGGGUUAGCAUUGACUAAACUGUGGCUUUUCUAUGUUGUUGAGGGACGUUUUUUGUGUGUCAUAAAGUAGUUACAACUGAGAAAGUCUGCAGAUUAAAUAAGCAACUUCAACACAGUUUUCAACAGCCACUACAUUUUACUUUGUGGAGUUGCUUCCCUGAGCCUUUCCCCUGAACCAUCUGGGUUUCUCAAAUCUCAGCAAUUAGCACUUAGAUGGAACAGCUGGAAAUCUGUAGCGACUCUGCUCGACACCAUGUUUAUCUUUCCAACUACAGCACAAUAUGUAACUGCUCAGCACACCGAUGGUGGGAUUUGAUUGCUACAAUAAUUGGUGCUGUUUUUUUUUUUUGUUGCUAUUCUUCCUUCACUUUGGAGUACCCAAGCAGGGCACCAAACCCAGUUGUUACGCACACGGACGAGCACAGUGGGAUGUUUUGAUGUCAUUUUUUGGUUUGUAGUGUACUCGCUCUGUGGGACAAGUUCCUCCGUGUCUUUGUAUACAGUAGGAUGCUCAUCUUGACGCUCGGCUGUUUGCCUUUGUGUACAAAUUGUGCAUGACCAACAUUUUCUCUGCACCUGUAUUCAGACAUUAAAGGGAUACUUCAGGAUUUCUGAAGCGGAGUUGGGUUAAAAGGUAAUAAGCUAUCAAAAUCUUACAUGCAGUGGAAAAUAACUUUGGUGUCUACAUUAAUAUAACUCUAAAUAAAUUGGUUUGAUUUAUCCUGAAUGACGACGUCAAGAAAGUUAGCGACUGCAGGUAAGAUGUUAUCAGCUUGCAACCUUUAAAAAAAGAAUCUUACUUCAGAAAACUGUAUUUCUAGCUCUAUUAUCAUUAUUCUGUUUUCCUGUUAAAGUCACAAUUUUCUUCACAAAGAAAAUAGUUUGAAAAUAGUAUAUAUUCUCAGGUUUAUGGAGAUAACAUAUAGCAAGAGUUUUAAAAUCUUCCUCACCGUUGUCUAGCUCACUACAUGGAGAAAAGUACACAGCUCCGCUCUCAUAGUUCAGUACAAUAAACUUUAACUCCAGAAGGUGUACACAGUAGUGAAGUCGCAUUUGUCAGCUGCAUUUAAUUUCUUUAUAUAUAUAUAUAUAUAUAUCUUGUGCCAAAUUUGAGUGCCAGCUCCUAUUUGUUAAUUAUGUCGACACUUUUGCAUUGAAAUCACUACUGGAGGUUUGCAAUACAGUUGUUUUAUUUUCUACCUUUUAACUGUACAAUCAAAAAAAUAAUAGCUGUGUCUUGUAUCUUGUACAGUGUUUUACAUGAGGUGUGUAGGAUUCUGUGGAAGUCAGUACAGUAUCUAUGUGUGUUUGUAUUACUCUUCCAUAUCUGUAUAUUCUGGAUGGUGUUACUUCUCUUUACUGAAUUUAUUCAGGGGUAUGUGCAAUUACAGAUCCACAGAGGCAUUAUACAACAGAGUGAUAAAUUACAAUAUCAGAGUUACCUAUUAAAACCUGUCUAAAAACUU